CUUCAAAAUUGCCAAAACGAAAACAAAAGGAAAUUUGGUUACAAUUGUAAUAUUUAUAACAGACUAAUUUAAAAUAUCUAAACAUACCGUAAAGAGUUAAAAAAUAUUGUAACUUAUGAUUGCUCUUCGGCGGCUUAGAAGUAGUAGCUUCCACUUGGGAAAAAUACAUCUAGUUAACAUGAGCUCAGAAAGUGGUGUGGUGGCAAAUUCAAUUCGCAACAAACUGCAGACUGCAUUAGAAGCUACUCAUUUGGAUGUGAUAAAUGAAUCUUACAUGCAUAAUGUACCCAAAGGUGCAGAAACCCAUUUCAAAGUUGUUGUGGUCUCUGAUAAAUUCGAUGGACUUGCUUUGAUCAAGAGACAUCGCCUAGUGAAUGAUAUAUUAAAAGAAGAAUUGCAGAAUGGAGUCCAUGCAUUGUCUAUUGUAGCAAAAACAACAAAACAAUGGGAUGAGAGUGAAAAAAUUAUUGAAAGUAGCCCCAGCUGCAGAGGAGGUUUUGGAAAAUAAACUACAGUAUACCUUAAUCAUAUGGAAGUUAAUAGACAUAAAAAAUGGUAUACAAUGUUUCUAAAUUUUCAAACAAAAAAUCUAAUCAUAAAGCUUGGUGAUGGUGGUCAGAACUGCUUGUAAAGAUAAUAUUGUCAUAAUGCCAACUAAAUACCUU